CGACACCUGCCCCGGAGUCAUUCAAUGGCAGCUGGCCCGUUGCGUCUUCGCUAUGGUGGUGAGGGGUAUCGGUGCAUCCAUCUGGCAUGGCUUGCGGCUAAGUGCUGAGGUGUAGGGCAUGGCAGAGGAUUUUCCAUCGAGUCCUCAACAUAGCCAAAGCCAGCCGAAGAACGGCCUCUGGCCGGUUGCUGGGCGCCUGGUACGGCAAGAGCUGCGGAGGGUGCUCCCCAAUGACCGCUCAGGAGAACUGCGCUCUGAGAUACGAGCCUGUCCAGGCGGGGGUGGCACGCUGCUGUACAAUACGGCGAUGGCGGCUGUGGAAAACGAGCACCACUCAGGUCGAGGAUCAAACUACGACAUGUGGAAAGCUGCGAAAAACGGCAACGAGAAGGCGCUCAAGAAUGCGCUUGAGGCCAAUGCAGAUUUCAAUUACGAGCUCACGCCGGACGACCAUGAUGAGGACUCGGUGUUGACCUAUAAGAAUCGAAAGGUCACCUCACAGGCAAUCCAUGCAGCCUCACUGUACCCCAGCUGUUGCAAGUCCAUCAGACCCGAGGAAAGGGCGAGGCUCGAUGAGACAUACGAUGUCAGAUAUGACAACAAGGCCCUGACAUGUGUGAAGCUCCUGGUGGAAGCACGAGCAGAAGUCAAGACCAAGGCGAGAAUCACCGAAGGGAAGACCACCCGUGAACUGGAGGCCAUUCACAUGGCUGCGGGUGCAGGCAAUGCCAAGACCCUUGAGUACCUCAUCAAGCAGAAUGCAGAUCCGAAUGCUCAGGCACUGGUCAACAAGAUGCCUCACUACUACCCGAUCCACGACGCUGUGUGGUUCAACCGCAAGGAGUGCGUGAAGAUGUUGCUGUCGUACAAAGCGGAAGCCGCGAAGAAGAACAAUGACGGCAACACUGCGUUGCAUUUGGCGGCCAGAAUGGGACACGACGACCUGGUGAAGUUUCUGCUCUAUGACCGCCACCGAGAGGAAGGCAAGGAAAAGGACGAGGAUGAGGACGAUUUUCUGGCAGGGAGGAUGCACUCCGUCGAUGACAAGGAGCGGCAAAGGGAGGCCAAGAAGAGCGAAGACGCCUGGCGCAGCGCCAUGAAAGAAAGCUACCACUUGGUGAAGCGCACGAACAACAAUGACGAAGAACCCUUGACUGUUGCUGUGGAGCGAGGGCACUUCCCUGCGGAUCAGUUGUAUCUCUUCACGCGCUGCUUUGACAGCUUGGAUGCUGAAGCAGCCAUGGCAGGCCGGGUCCAGGCCUUUAAGAAGGUGGCAAUGACCUGCCCCGAUGCCGCUCCCAAACUCGUGCGUGAUUAUCAAAGGACCACGACCUGCGGAGACGGCGAGGAGGAGCCGCUGCGGGCCGUGGAUCUGAAGAAUGUGGAGAUCAGCAAGGAGUGGAAGGAGAGCAUCAUUGCGGGUGCUGAGAAAGGAAUGAUCACCGUGAAAGAUCUCUGUGAUCUCAUCGAUCAUGCGCCCUCCGCUGCCGUGGAUUUGUUGGACAUGCUGACCACGGCGCCCAAGGAGGAAAACAAACAGCACAAUCCUCUGCCAGUCAGGGCCAACAUCCCCUGGGACCAGGAGGCUUGUCGACUCUCCUGCGUCUACAUCGAGGAUAAGAAGUGGACCUGGAAGGACAAGGUCACCAUGCCUUGGCAGGAGAAGCUGGCACCACAGGACGCCAAGCGGUCCCAGGAGGUGAAGGUGAAGAUGUUGAUGUUGCCAGGCGUCAUCAACAGCUUCUUAAUCCACAGCUUGGCCGCCACACGAGAUCACAAGAUCUUCACGAAGUUGGUGGUCCACGCCAUGCUGAAGCAUCUCUGGAAAUCCUUCAGGCCCAUGUUCUUGGUCGAUUUGGGACACCAGUUCCUGUCCACCGUGGUGCUGAGUUAUUGGAUUUUGAUGGCCGCGCAGGUGGAGACACCUCGGAUGAUGCGAUGUGGACUUUGGGGCAUCCUGGCUGCCGAGGGCAUCUCAGAAUGCUUCAUGUUUAUCUGGACCUGCAUCAUUUGCAAAUCCAGAUUAGGUCGCCGGUUGUUUUUCCGCUACGUCAAACGGGAAUACUAUCGCUUCGUCAUGGGCGGUCUUGCCCUGGCCCUGGCCAUCGAAACUUCCGUGCACUUUGAACCAGCGCAGAACAGUUCCAUCUUGCUGUCGAUCAACAGCCUGGUACACUGGAUCACCAUGCUCUUUGAGAUCAGAGCCUUCCGUUCCACUGGGAAGAGGAUUUUGCCGAUCAUGAAGUCUGUCUUGCCGAUUGUCGGAAUGCUGGUGAUUAUGCUCUUCAUCAGCCUGGCGUUCAUGCACGCGUUUUGGGCCAUGGACCGCUCUGGCAUCAACGAGAUUUCCAUGUUCAACAUCGUUGUGCUUCUCUUCACGGGUGAACAGUUUCUGUCGCCCGAAGAUUUGCUCGAGAUGCCGCAGUCAAAGAGGACCGCCAUGGUGUUGCUCUCCAUAGGUGGCGUCUUUAUUUUCCUCACCUGUACCAUCAAUGUCUUCAUAGCGGUGCUGUCAGACUGUUAUGAUCACGAGCAAGAGAGGAUGGUCUGUACCUUCUUGAAGGAACGCGCGCGCAUCUGCAGUAGCUACUUCUUCCGUCCCAAGAUCAAAGCGUCUGGCUUCGGGUUCAUCCAGAAGGGAAUUAUGAAGCUCAGUUGGUGGCGCUGGUGGUUCUUGAUAGUUCUCAUCCCUGGCAUCUAUGUGGCAUUGCUCUACGGCAUCACGGAGUCGUCUUUCUUGACUCUGUGGGUUAGUGCCAUCUUCCCUGCAGCUGCGGUCUUGUGCGUCCAAUGCAUCCUGCGGGACGUGGCGUCUGUGGGCUGGAAGACCAACUACCUCUGGUUUUGCCAUGAGCUGGACGUUGAAGAGGAGUCUUUAGCACCGGAGCAACGAGAUGACGAGGAAUCCAACGGUCGCAUCUCGCGCAUAAAGAAGUACAUCAAGACUGCGAUCAAGAGCUGUGAGCAAAACAUCCAGACCUUGUCGCUGAAAGUGGAGGGUCUGCACAAGACGACCGCAAAUGACCUGGAUACCAUCCGGGAGAUCCUGUUCAAGGAGGUCUCCAUCCCCCGGUGUUCUGAUCUUCCAACACCUAAAUUUCGAGGACGCCGGCUCCGGAUCAAUCAAGGCUCUGAGGAGCGGAGGGAGGCUGCCUCAGUCUUGUUGGAAGCCCAAGAUCCCGACUCCGAAGAGGCGGAGGCCUUUGCGGGUGCUCCGUCGCCCUCAGGGAUCCCACCACAGGCCUUGAUGCAGACCAUGAGGAUGCCGGAGCCUCCCACGCAUACCUACCCUCGUGGUUUUGAGGAUGCCAUUCCAAGCAAGCCCCCUCCGACGCCCAAACUUUGCCAACGUGGAGAUACCGAACGCCGCGGCGAACGCGGAGGCGCGGAGAUGCAACAAGACUUGGAGACCUUGAAACAGGAAGUGUGCGCCUUGAGGGACUCCUUUGAAGAACGUUUCGAGGAGCUCAAAGAAACUGUGGAGGAGCAGCGCGACACAUGCCAGGAAAUCCAACGUCUUCUUGAGAGGGUAGUGGAACUGGCUGAAACACGUCACAGUCGCAAGACACGCUCAAGCACUCGAGGCAGUGAAGCGCCAGCAGUUGCAGCUGAGGUCCAUGACGCGCAUGCCUUGACACCUCGCGUCCCCCGCGAGACCAUGUCCGCGUAUGGCCGCAGCAACGAGGUGCCAACGGCCACCAUCGAAUGAUGCCAAGAACCGGGGGAUCCACCAGGGGAUCAACGGUUUUU